GUGGUAAACCUCUGAAUAAAUCUUGCCAUGAAAAUCCCAUGAUAAGUUCGUGUUAUGGUCACCAUAAGUUGGAAGCCACUUGAAAGCUCACAACACACAGAGAGAGGCAAUAUUCUCUAGAAGUAGCAAAGUCUGAUGGAUGCCAGAACUCCUAUAAAUGUCAUGACUAAGGAGCAUGCAACAUGUAGAUCUUAAUGAACUGUAUUUCUCAGAGAAUGUCUGAAAUCUCAAUCCAUUCUCAUUAGCAUCACAUAUUCUACUUUUCCCAUGGUUCUUUGACAUAUCUAUCUUCAUAUUUUGUAGGUACUCCAGUACCUGCCCAUCUCUCACAGGACAGAAGUGGCUGUUGACAGACAACCAUCCUGUAAUGAUGGAGAUGCAGUCAAAACUCCCAGCAAAACAGAACUCCUAUCUCCCAAUAUUCAGCUCUUUGUCUGGCCUAGCACAUCUGUGCCAGAUGGGGCCUUAUCAAAGGACGCCACCUUUACACUUCCACAACACAGUACAGAAAUUGAAGAACUGAAGCCGCAACUCAGACUUUUGCUUUCUCAGUUCGGUAUCAACUAUGAUGUAGAAAACCUCAGGCAUUCUGCUAAUGAAAUGGAACUUUUUUCCAUGGUCAUGCAAACGUUUAGAAGCAUUUUCAGUAAACAACAGACAAUGAGAACAUUUCCUGUUUAUGAUGUUGGCAAUCCUGGAUCAGAAAACUGGGGUAUGGUGGACUCAAAAAUGGCUUUGAGAAAGAAAGCCAACUGGAUUCCAUUUAUAAAGAUUAAAGCUAAACAAGAUCCAUGGCAACAAAAACAAUUAAUAAAAUUGAAACAGUGGAAAAAGUUGGAUGAAUUGCUAUUGGUUCAGUCAAAGUUUUUAAAGGUUUCCAAUUUGGAGCAGGUGAUGGUGGCUCUCCAGGAGCAAGCAGCAGCAGUACUGGAACUAAAGCCUGUUACAUCGGUUUUUAUGACUUCUUUUAACUCACAACAGUAUGACCAAAUCUGGGAAAAGGUUUAUCAUAAUCCAGAAUUCCACCAGGAACAACAAACAAAUGGUGAUGAUGAUAAUCCUAUCAUGGCAACUGUUGAGAGAGGGUUGGAAAACAGCUACUUGAAGGAGGGGUCUACGUUUUCAAGAAAGAAGAAAGACAUAAGUCAUGCAACCACUUUGCAGCUGCUGGGCCUAGAUGAGGACAUGGAAGCCAGCGACAAGGACCUUGUCUCAAGAAAAGGGGCCUACUUAUCACUCCUUUAUUUACGUCACUUGAAAAUCCGGGAACUGCAGAGAAUUUGCUUGGGAGUCCUCAACUACUUCAGAUCCAUAGAAAGAACACUCACAAUCAGUACCUCAGGCCUUGCCUUAAAUGCUGGCCAAUUGGUUUCCACAGCUGAAGAUUCCUGUUGGGUAAAUGCAGCCAAAGGUGGCAUUGGUGCCUUUGGUGGGCUUGCGUCACACUCGUAUGUGCAUUAUACGCCAGCCGACUAUAAGGUGCACAGUGUACAAUUCAUGGAAUUUGCAGAGGUAGAAAAUCAUGAUGAUUUUUACACGGUAGAAGACAUGUACAUUCACACACAGGACCAGAGGGGGGCUUUUGUGAUAUAUGAUGUAGCCCUCCAAGACCUGAAAGAGCUAGAAAGAGAGCUUUUGCUUGUGGCAACCCAGUACAUUGAAAGAGAGAAAGGUCAUAAAGCCUGCAGUGAUUCCAAUAAUAGCAACUACUCAGGUUGGGCACACGCAUCAGUGGAUCGAUCUGCAGUACUGCUUGACCUUUGGACUUGUGAAACAGGAUUCUUGGAAAAUAAACGACAGCUCCUAGAUUGUUACUUUGAAGCGUACCAACAUGCUUUAGCUUUGGAAGAAAGAUUUGCUUUGGCCCAAGUAGUAACAGAUGUCAUGUACCUACGCCCUCGGUUUGAUUUCAACCUAGGAUAUUUUGUGAACAUCUAUAAGGAUGAGUAUGCUUGCCUAAGACUUCAGAUACAGCUGGUGAGGGAUAUAUUGAACCAACAGAUAGACAACCAGCGUGACUAUAACCAUAAGAUUUGGCAUCAUGGUCCCAAAGGUGGCAUCCAUGAAUUUGGUUUUCCUCCAUAUAUUGUUCCAAAGCAAUUAAUUGCUAUUAAUAACAGCCCUACAGCUUUGAAGAACAUUUAUUUGUUGGAGUUCCACCCAUCCCUUGGCCUGGUAUCUUUAAUCCCGAAAGCUCUGUGUCAUGUCCUUCAAGAGUUCCAGCAAAUCUGUAGGCCAAAGACUGCCAAAGAGGCAAUUAAAUUGGACAAACAAGUACUUCAGCUUGUUCUGGAUGCAUGGCUGUCCCUGGAAAAUCCAAGAUCUUUUUAUGGCUCUCAAACACAGAAGGACUUAUUCACAGAGAUUCUGAUUGAAGACCCAUCUCUUGUAAAAGAGAUUGCUGUGUCAGCAUUGAAGUCAGAAAUAAAGGAAGAACAGAAUAAAGGGAACAAAGAAAAACAAAUUUUAAUCCUGAAUGUCUUCUCAAGGCUUCUUGAACUUCUAGUCCUUCGCUAUCGAUUGAUAGAGGCAGCAGUAGAAAGUGCACAGAUGGGCAGACUGUAUAAGGAAUUUUCAGGAGAAAUGGGUUUCGAUGAGUUCCAUCUCUACUUAAGGCCUGUGUAUUUUGAAUUUGCAACUCACAAAGAAAAAGCAGACCAGCCUGCAUCAGUAUUUAUUACUUCUCUACUAGAUCAUCAGGACAGUAGUGUUGACAGAUAUAUUCCAUCCAGUUUAACGUUAAACAUCCAGGAUAUUGACAAUCAAAUCGGCAAAUUUAGUUUUCACACAAGAGAAAGCAUUCUUCAGAUCUUAUUGAAUCCUUAUGGAGUGGAAAAUUUGCAGAUUGCUCUUGCCUGCCAAGUCACUCAUAAAAACACACUCCUUAUGGCUAUUCAACAGGCUGCAUUUUGUCCCAUGAUGCAACCCACACGAACUAUGGACAUGAAGGAAGGGGCCCUAAGUCUGAGAAGUCAGAGCAGCUCAGCAAGUGGAAGCAGUUCUACAAUUGGGAAUGAACUAGAAGACCAAUUACUUGCUACUACACCACUUUCAUAUUUCACUGGGCGUUUUAUAGCUGGGCACUGUAAUUUAAGGAGGUACCCAGAAGCUUUUGUUUCCAUCCAGCUGGAGAAACAGGGUCCCCGAGACAUGAUGCUGAACACAUUCAUUCAAAAGAAGCAAACCUUGGGAAGUAGAAUGCAAAAAACUGAUGAAGUUGAAAAAAUCAAAAGAGAAGUUAUUGUUGAAUACUGCCAUAAGAUGAACCAUCGCAUAUCUCAGUACUCUCUUCGGAGUCAGAUCAUUGCAUAUUACAACAGCAUAAGAGCUAUGCUGAGUGAUUUCCCUAGUGUGAGAGCCAAAUACUUCAUUGUGGGGUUACCACAAGAGAAGAAAGGAGAGAGAGAAUCAAAAGGAAAGCUUGGAGAGGAUCCCAGAUCAUUCCAGCCACGGCCCCGCUGUUUACUGUCCUCUGAUGGACGAUCCUUCUUGAACCUGUGGUUCAUCCCUCAUCCAUCAGAAGUCUUAUUUCUCUUCAGAAUGCUACCAGAGAAGACUGAGUACAGAGCCCUGAAGCAAACCCUUGAGAUUGUGGCAGCUUUUCACGACAUUAUUGCAUACAUUUUCAGCUUUGUUCAGCUAGGAAGUCCUCCGGAGUGCUUUGAUUACUUGUGCCCUUCUGACUGUCUCAGCGCAGACUGGGGAGGGACUGAAUGGAUUGGAAAUGAGCUCCAAGAACUACAGAGGAAGAUAGACUGUCUCCAUAAUCCCACAGAUCCAAAGAAAGUUGCUCAGAUGCUGAGCAUGCACAGAGAACUUCUGUUUCUUCAGUUUGAUGCAGCUGUUAGGCAUUCUAUGAGAGAAGCAUUUUUAUCCUCUGGCAAAGUUUGUGCAUAUCAGAGUAUUACAGACAACAUGUACCAUGGGUUGCCUCCUCUAAGUAAUGCUAUUGUUGGAAGUCUCCUUGCUUCCCAAUUCCCACUGCCAAAGCCAUUAGAUCAACAUGGCCGCAGAGCACAGAUGCUGUUUCCCUGGAGAACCUUCCUAGCAAACACUGGCCCAUUUCCUGUCACCAUUGACAAUCUAAAUCCCAUAAAUUACAGCAUGCAGUUAUGUCUGUGUGGACUGAAUGAUGAGGAUCGAAAAACUGUUCAUGGGGAGCUGAUUGGAAUGCAGUUCAUAACAGAAGAUGUACUCUGGAUUAAUUAUGAAACUCUGAGUGAUCUGAGAAGCCAGCACACAUCUUUCAAAAAGCCAAAUUCAGCAAUAAUAGCUGAAGGAAGCAGAAAGAUUUCAGAAGUGCCACUAGAGCUCCGUGAUUCAGCAGCUGCAUGUGCCACACAGAAAUCCUAUCUGAUUUUAUGGAAGCAGCUGGAAAUGUUGAAAGUGGAAUGGGGAAGACUGAAAUUGAAAGUCGAGGAUAUUAAUACAGUCACUCUGUAUAAGCAGUUUUCUGAACUAUAUGAUGUUGAAGUUCUGUACCCAGCUAUGAGCUCUCUAGCUAGACACAGAGGCAUAGAGCACGAAUUUGAAGGAUUUGGAGCCACAUCUCAGUCUAUGCUUCCUCCCAAAGAAGCCUCAGAAGUUGAGAUAAAAACAUACCAGGUGCAAAAACUCCUGGAAUGUCUAGAAAUACAUAUGAUUCAUGAUGUACAAAAGAAAGUCAACAAAGAGAUUACACUGGUUAUAUCUGAAAAAGCAAGAGAAGAGAGAAACCUCCCUACUGAACUCUGGAAGCAUCAUAGCAUGCAAGAAGUCUUCUCUGUCACAAGGCCAGAAAUAGUCGAGUCAUUUAUACAAAGACUAAUGGAGAAUCACCAAGAAACAGAAGCAGAGAUUGCUUUUCAGAAAGACCACUUACAAAAGUGCCUCACUGCUCUAGGAUGUGAUGUCAUGGUCAGAGAACGCAGCAACUUUGAAACCUAUUCCAUGUUUUAUGAAAAUAUACUCCAUCAACAACAUCAGCUCCUCUAUCAAAAAGAACAAGAAAUUGAUGCAAUGAAAGUCAAGGGGGGAGAUGCUGAGCUGGGUCUCAGUCAGGUAGCAGAAAUGAGUCACAAGAUGGUUAUGGAGAUAACAGCUCUGAGAGCCAAAACUGCUGAUCUACAAGAGGAAUGUCAUAGUCUCAGAGAGAAGAUAAGGAAAGAAGUCAAGGAGGAUUAUGAAGCAUUAGUGCAAAGCAUGUUUAUGACAUGUGUACAGCUCAAGGGGAAAGUGGAUGAGUAUCGCUUAAACCUGAGUCAACGCAUGUUUGAAAUCAUCAGUGAGGUGAGAAGAGAAGGAGUAGACAAGAUGAUUUCCUUGAAGAAAAAGUUUGGCUCCACCAAAGAUAACAAUGCACUCAAAAAAAAUUUGGCCCAGCAGGAGCAGUUACAGGAGUUGCAGAAUGAAAAUGGCCAGUUGCAACAGUUGGUAUUGAAACUGAAGACCAUGAAUUAUUGGAAAGAAACAAUGCAAAAAGCACACCUGUCAGCCAGAGUGAGAGAAGCAGAGAAGGAGGCCAUUAAAAAUAAAAAAGAGUACUUGAAAUUGAAGAUGAUGACAGAAAAAGAGGCAAUUUUAUUUCAUCAGCAGCUGCGGGCUGCAAGAAAAGCCUUGGCACAGUCUCAGACAGAGAAUAAAAAGCUGAAACAACAGCUGGACAAACAGGUACAAGUUCUACAAGAAGUAGAACAUAAGAUGAAUCAAGAAGUUUGCAGAUGGCAGCAGUUAGAUCUAUUUAAGACAGAAAACUUGGAGAAGAUGCUGGAAAAGCUUGGAGAGAGAGAAUUGAGACUGCAGUGCUUGACAGAAGAAGCAGAGAAAUCCAAUAAGAUACAACAGCUUCAGGGGGGGAAAGUUAAGAAAGAAAUCCAGCGAAUAAGAAGUCAGCUGGCACUGGAGCGCAGUUUCAAACUGAAUGCUUUUCAACGGGUAGAUGAAUUGCAGUCUCAGCUUUAUGACUUGGAGGCUCUGGCAUCCCAGAGACAUUCAUCUGCAGACAGGUCAGGAUUUCUCAGCAGAUACCAAAGGAAGUGUCUAUCGGCACUGUUGCAGUACUGCAUGCCACAUUGGAGUUCCCAUUUCAAUGGACUGAACUCAGGAUGUCCAGCAUUCAUAGCAUGUACUCUGCCACUGAAUUAGCUCUUCUUGUAGCAAGUUGGGAAGAGGUAGUAGGAGAACUCCAGUACUGUACUAAGGAACAUGGCUUUCACUUGUGCAAAUUUGAACAUAAGCCAAUGAGGCCAGAGGGCUUGGUCCUCCCACUUCAACAAGCAACAAUAGAUCUUGACACUAAUCAUGAUCCUAAUAAGCUUAGUGGUAGUACCAAGUCUGUAAACCCACAAAUGGCAGUGCUGAGCAUUUCAGGUAACUGGCAGCAGUCCAGCAUUGGUCUUUUGUCUUCUGUUACAGUGUAGCUCCAUGCUGACAGUUGUAUUCAUCAGUUUAGUGCUUCUGGUCUGUAACAAAUCAAUUUAGGGCAAUGGUGUGAAAAACUGGGAACGUUAUGAAAAAUUAAUUUCUCAGCCAUUUAAACCAACCCAUUGUACAUAGUGUUUUACAGUUGAGCUAGAGUUUUAAGUAGAUCAGGUUUGUUAAUCUGGAUUUGGAUGGAUCCAAUUUAUUAAAUCAAGAAGAUCAAGUAUAUUGAAUUAGCCUGAUCAGAUUAACACUCUACCCCAUUAAAAUGGCCAUAAACCUUGAGCAAUCAUGUUACAAGAACACUUUUAAACUAUCAAGGAAUGACUAAAUCAUAGAAAGCUGCUACAUGGAUAUGAUUAUCUUGCAAAAAAAAGUUUAUAUAUAUAGUUACUGUUCUAAUGAAAAACGGACCAAUUUACCAAAACCAAUCUCGAAAGAAAAAUGUGUGUGUGUGUGUAUGU